GCACGGAGCAGCGGGUCCAUUUUGCGUCGCUCCAGCCGGCUCCGGGCAGCCCUGGGCUGGGGGCGGGGGCCGUGCCUGGGCAUCGCAGCCGCUCCCGGACGCCCCCAUGGCUGCGGAAGGGGGGCUCGCUUCGGCCCUGGGGCGCGGAGCCGCUGCCCGGCGGUGAAGGUGCCCGACAAAAGGACGGGGCGUGAGCUCGCUUCGCUCCGCUCCGCUCCGAGCCGCGGCUCGCCUGGAAGCGCCGCGGUCUGGCUGCGGCGCGGGGUGGGGGUGGGGGGCGUUAGUCCCGAACUGGAGCCCGAGGAGAGGAGCUGGGAGCCGAAACGCUCCUGAAGGCGGCCCCGGUCUCUGGCUGUUUCCCGGCGGAUUGUCCCCGCCCCAGGAUUGCUCUGUCGGCCCCGAUUCCCCCCCCCGGGCUGGGCGCGCUGGGAUUUGCUGAUGAUGGAGACGGUGGAAAAGGAGUGCGGGGCCCUGGGGGGCCUUUUCCAAGCCAUCGUCAAUGACAUGAAGAGCUCCUACCCCAUCUGGGAAGAUUUCAACUCCAAGGCAACUAAGCUGCACUCCCAGCUCAGGACUACGGUGCUGGCAGCAGUCGCCUUCCUGGAUGCCUUCCAGAAAGUGGCAGACAUGGCCACCAACACACGAGGAGCCACGAGAGACAUCGGCUCGGCGCUGACCCGGAUGUGCAUGCGGCACCGCAGCAUCGAGGCCAAGCUGAGGCAGUUCACCAACGCCCUGAUGGAGAGUCUCGUCAACCCCCUGCAGGACAGGAUUGAGGACUGGAAGAAAACGGCCAACCAACUGGACAAGGACCAUGCGAAAGAGUACAAGCGAGCCCGCCAUGAGAUAAAGAAGAAAUCCUCGGACACGCUGAAGCUGCAGAAGAAGGCCCGCAAAGAGCUACUUGGGAAGGGGGACCUACAGCCCCAGCUGGACAGUGCUCUCCAAGACGUCAAUGACAUGUACCUCCUGAUGGAGGAGACCGAGAAGCAGGCUGUCCGCAAGGCCCUCAUUGAGGAGCGGGGCCGCUUCUGCACCUUCAUCACCUUCUUGCAGCCAGUGGUGACUGGAGAGAUCACCAUGCUGGGAGAGAUCACUCACCUGCAGGGCAUCAUGGAGGACCUGGUGGUGCUGACCGCAGAGCCGCACAAGCUGCCCCCUGCCAGCGAGCAGGUGAUCAAAGACCUGAAAGGCUCUGACUACAGCUGGUCCUACCAGACUCCUCCAUCCUCCCCCAGCAGCUCUGGCUCCCGCAAGUCCAGCAUGUGCAGCAGUGUUAACAGUACAAAGGGUGGUACCGCUUGGUCCGGCGGGUCCCAAACAUACUCACCAGGUUCCACCUAUCGCUACCGCAGCCUGGCGCAGCCGGUUAACGCCAACACCCGCCUGUCCAGCGUCUCCUCCCAUGACUCAGGCUUCAUCUCCCAGGAUGCCACAUACUCCAAGCCGCCUUCGCCGAUGCCAUCUGACAUCACCAGCCAGAAGUCCUCCAGCUCCGCAUCCUCCGAGGCCUCGGAAACCUGCCAGUCAGUUAGUGAAUGCAGCUCCCCCACCUCGCUGAAACCUAUGAAUGUAGCUCAUGUGGCCAGGACUGACGGAAGCUCCCGAAGAAGCCUGAGCCUGGAUUGGUCCAAGGCCAGUCCUUACGACCAGCCGGUGGUCAGCACCCUGCAGCGGAGGAAGGACCGCGUGGAGCAUCUGCGGGAGGCCGAGCUGGGCUCCGCCAGCAUGGGGUAUCCGGGAAUUAACUUGGAAGACGUGCCCAGGCCCAGGAUGUCCCCAGCUACCAUCGCUGCCAAGCAUGGCGAGGAGGUGUCCCCCGCUGCCAGCGACCUGGCCAUGGUGCUCACCCGUGGCCUGAGCCUCGAACACCAGAAGAGCAGCCGGGAUUCCCUGCAGUACUCCAGUGGCUACAGCACCCAGACCACUACUCCGUCCUGCUCAGAAGACACCAUCCCGUCUCAAGGCUCAGAUUACGACUGCUACUCUGUGAACGGCGACGUGGAGUGUGACAGCCAGAGCGAGUUUGACAAAUCCUCCACCAUCCCGCGCAACAGCAACAUCGCCCAGAACUACCGCCGGAUGAUCCAGACCAAGCGCCCCGCCUCCACCGCCGGGCUGCCCACCGGGAGCCCCCUGCCGGCCAGCGCCCCCCCCGGCGUGGCCACCAUCCGCCGCACGCCCUCCACCAAGCCCUCGGUACGCCGCACCCUCUCCAACGCCGGGCCCAUCCCCAUCCGGCCCCCUAUUGUCCCAGUGAAGACCCCCACGGUGCCCGACUCCCCUGGCUACACUGGGCCCACCCGCGUGGGCAGUGAAGAGUGUGUGUUUUACGCCGACGACGCCUCCCCAAACGCCAUGGACUUCGCCAAAGCCUCGCCCAAGAGGCUCAGCCUCCCCAACACGGCCUGGGGCAGCAACGCCAUGGAGAUCUCGGUGUACCCGGGGCCAGGGCAGCACCUCUCUGCCGAGGAAGAGGAGGACCAGCAGCUGGCCGCCAACCGGCACAGCCUGGUGGAGAAGAUUGGCGAGCUGGUGGCCAGUGCCCAUGCCCUGGGUGAGGGCCAGUUCCCCUUCCCCACCGCUCUCUCUGUCCCCGGCCCUGGAGAGGAGACGCCCACUCUGCCCCCAGCUGCAGCCAGCGAGCCCCCUGCCGAAGACAUGCUGGUAGCCAUCCGGCGCGGCGUGCGCCUGCGCAGGACCGUCACCAACGACAGAUCCGCCCCCCGGAUCUUGUGAUGACACCGCCGCUGCCGCCCCUCCCUCCCUCCCAGCGCACCCCACGGGAAGAGAGCGAACACCGGGCCGGGCUGAGCGUAGAAGAGAAAUCGAUCCAGUAAAGAAUCACAGAGGCAAAGCCACUUUAUGGAGCUAGAGACCAAUCUAGAUUUAAACGGAAAUUCAAAGUCUUUGCUAACAGACUCACAAGGCGCCGCCUAGGAGGCACUGAACUGGUUUUGGAGCCUAUUUUAUAUUUCAUUUCUCACGCCCUCCUCGUUCCCCGUCCCCUGCCCACACCUUGCCCCUGGCUGUUAAAGACUCCUCGCUGCCAGCAGGAGGCAGCGCUACAAGAGGGGGCCACCCCCACUGUGUGUUGGGGGGGGACGAACCUGGACUCGAAUAAGCAGCUACAUAAUAAGUAUAAAGAACACACACAGAUAGACACACACACAACGCCAAGGACCGCUGGCUGCUGUCCCCCACAAGCCACCUCCCUCCUCUUCCUCUGGACGGAAGAUGCACGGAGUCCUGUGCUGAGCAUCUGACCACCCCCCUCCUCUCUCCUCCCUCCCUCCCUCGUGGCUGCAGUGAAAAGGGUCACCAGAGCACCAGAGGAGUGGAGAGCAUUCCUGGCACACCCUGAGGUGCUUUGGUGUCACAGGCCUUUGCUGGGGGAGCAGCUGCCCCCACGCGUGUGCGCCCUGGGAGCGGGUUUUGGGGCUAGCACCUCACAGUCUCCUGUUGAAAACUUGGCACUGUGCGAAAGGCCAGGCUGUCCUCCCCUCCCGAUUAGCUGAGCUGCGGAAGGGCUUCCCCGCCUCUGUCCAGCGUGUCCAGCUCUCAGGCCAGGGGCCAUGGGGUACGGGUGUUUCUCAGGAGGUUAGACUGCUUGUGUGGGUCUCUGGCCAUAAAGCGACAAGGCAGGGGUCGGGGUGCCCAGCCACAGCUCUGCGCCAGGCGCUCAGAUACAGCAGCGUUGGUAGUUUAAAGGAACCGGCCUGCUCAAGAGUUACCUUUUCCCUGCAUCCGGCUUCACAGCCGGCCUUAGCCUGGGACUGGUAACCCAAGUACAGGGUAAAGGGGCUGCCAGAUAGCUAUGAAUCCAGCAGGCUGCUGCUAGGUGUGCCCCCGAGUGUCCCGGGGGAUCUGGGCUUGGGUGUCCUGGGGCUGUUCGUGCAGCCUAGUCCCCAUCUGGGUGUUUGCACGGGUGUGUGUCAGGCUGGGGGGGGUGCACGUGUGCCCAGCUGGGGGUGUAUGCAGGGUUUUGCAGCGUGGCGAGGGGUGCAUCUGCCCACACUCACUCCUGCUCACCACAACAGUCGUAGCCACCAGAUCAGCACAACCACAGCACGCUGACAUCAGUGGUUCAGCUGCACAGGGCCGGGACAGCCACCGCCGGGCCCCGGUGGAUGUGUCAUGGCGAAGGGCCCUGGAGCUGAGAGGCCCGUCGCUGGCAUUACGCUACACAGGGCUGUGCCGCGGGGCCUUGGUGCCCUGAGCCGUCCCUUUCCCAGUAAGAUGCCGUCCCAGGAGGAAUGGGAAUCUCAGGUCUUGCUCGGGGCCAUUCUCCCCCCGACCCUCCCAGACUCACGGCCAGUCGCACCUACUCCACACACAGUCCCAUUGAAAAGCAUGGGGACUCCUCACACAGGAAGGUGUUACUCAGUGGGAGUAAAGGUGGCAGAAUCAGACCCAUUAGCCUCAGUGGUUACAAGGUGAGCAGAGCCGGCCGCCAGAGCCCACGAGCCCCGCUGGAGUUCUGGCUCAGUGAGGACAUGGUUCUCACUGGGACGCAUGGGGGCGCUAGAUCACAGCUCCUUGUCAUUGAGUUCUGAUGGUAAAUGUAACACUGCUUCGCCCAAGGCCACCUGGGGCUAAUGGUCAUGAGCGCCCCAAUAAUCAUGGCCUCUUGGCAUCUCCCAGCACUAGGUUCCUGGGUACCUGCUUUCCCACUCCUGCCACCCUGAUGGGGUGCUGCAUCCUUCCUCAGAAGUCAAUGGCAAAACCAUAGACCAUGGCAUGAUCACUGUCCCCCUAUUAGGAUUUCGAGUUAGAGGCAAUAGAGCCACAGAAGCAUUAAUUUUUUUGGGGGGGACAGAUUUAGGGAUGACUGUCUGUGUUCUGUUCAUAACCUGGUCUGAUAGACACACCUCCCUCACUUACAAGCCGUGUUGGUUGGAUAAAUACAGUGGGAGAACAGGAAUGAGAAGCCGCUCCAGGCCAGUGCACUCCCAUAAAGACCUUGCAGCAGCUGUGCGAAAGGAAGGGUUCACUGAUUCCGCGUGAUCUGGAUAACUUCAUAAACUGGGUGCAAGCAAACAAUGUGCAUUUUAAUAAGGGUAAAUGUCCAUGUCCACAUCUGGUAACAAAGAACAUAGGCCAUGCUUGCGGCCUGGGGACUCUCUCCUGGUACGCAGGGACUCUGAAAGAAAUGUGGGGUGGGGGUGGAUAAUCAGCUGAACAUGAGCUCCCAGUGCAAUGCAGUGGCCAAAAGAGCGAAUGCCACCUUGGGAUGCAUCAACAGAAUGUCGAGUAGAAGUAGAGAGGUUCUUUUCUCCCUGUAUUUGGCACUGGUGUGACCACGGCUUGAAUCCUGUGUCCAGGUCUGGUGCUCACCAUUCCAGAGGGAUGUGGGUAAAUUGGAGAAGGGUCAGAGAAGAGUCACGAGACUGAUUAAAGGAUUAGAAACCCUGCCUUGGAGUGACGUACUCAAGGAGCUCAGUCUAUUUAGCUAACAAAGAAAAGGUUAAGGGGUGACUUGAUCAUGGUCUGUUAGUAUCUACAUGGGGAACAACCAUUGAAUAAUGGGUGCGUCCGUCUAGCAGACGAAGGUCUAACCCGGGCCAGUGGCUGGAAGUUGAAGCUAGACACAUGCAGACUGGAGAGGAGGUAUGUAUGUUUCCCGGGGAGAGUAAUUAGCCAUUGGAGCGAUUUAGCAAGGGUGGAGGUAGAUUCUCCAUCAGUGGUAAUGUUAAGAUCAGGACUGGCUGCUUCUUAAAAAGCUCUGCUCUAGGGAUUACUGUGGGGAAGUCCUAUGGCCGGUGCCAUGCUGGGGGGGUCAAACCAGGUGAUCCCAGUGGGCCCUUGUGGCCUUGGAAUCUGAAGCUAUGCCUGGCCUCCUCCAUGCCCCUGCCAUGUAUGUCGAGCUGGUAGAGUGUGUGGGUGCUCAAGCUGUCUGCCUCUUCCCCCCCCCCCCAACAUCUGUGCUGGCUAACGGAAGGUGCCGUCGGGAGGGCGGAGGGAUUUGUGAUGAGUGGGUGCGUGAGUGGAGGGGAGGAAGCUGGGGCAGGGUGUCCUGGCUGAACAGCAGUGGCCAUGUGGUCUGUAGGGUUUGGGUUUGGAAAGGGGAGAGCUGGUCUUUCCCUGCAUCUGAUUGGAUAGGAAUGAAUAGUACUCAACCAGCUUGCUAGAGAAAUGCUGAGUUAUGAUUGGCUGAGAGCUGGUCUAGUCCACCCCCCGCUCUUCCUCACCCCUUUACCUUAGGCAGCCAGAAGCCCUGGCCUUACACCCUCCGAAGGACCGACAGCUCAGCGGUACCAUCGUCACCAGGUGGCCGACCACAGUGGGAUGGGGACAGAGAGCCACGAAGGGAGCCACACGAGGGCUACCCUUGGCCUGGUGUAUUUUGCACUGAACAGUAGCUGGGCAGAGGGGAUCCUACGGCGACGGGAGCCGUGUCAGACCCUGGAUACACAGACUGAGCUACUACGGAUAUAACGGCCCAAUGAUUGGGGAUCUCCAUUGAUUUAGGUGAGUCGCACUGGAGAUGAGCAGGGCCCCUUGAUUUCAGUGAGUCGCACCGGAGAUGAGCAGGGCCCAUUGAUUUCAGUGAGUCGCACCAGGGAUGAGCAGGGCCCCUUGAUUUUGGUGGAGUUGCACUGGAGAUGAGCAGGGCCCCUUGAUUUCAGUGAGUCGCACUGGGGAUGAGCAGGGCCCCUUGAUUUCAGUGAGUCGCACCGGGGAUGAGCAGGGCCCCUUGAUUUCAGUGAGUCGCACCGGGGAUGAGCAGGGCCCCUUGAUUUCAGUGAGUCGCACUGGGGAUGAGCAGGGCCCCUUGAUUUCAGUGAGUCGCACUGGAGAUGAGCAGAGCCCAUUGAUUUCAGUGAGUCGCACCAGGGAUGAGCAGGGCCCCUUGAUUUCAGUGAGUCGCACUGGGGCUGAGUAGAUCCCUUUGAUUUUGGUGGAGUUGCACUGUCAUUGACUCCCAUGGUUUUGAUCUUACUGUUCAUCUCUCCUGUAGCCUGCCAGGCUUUCAGCAGCGUGCUGGGGGUUGGCUCUCCUGGUCUUUGAGAAACACUUCAGCCAAGCAGAGCAGCCCUGUGCCUCUCUGAAGCAGAUGUGUGAUGGGUGGGGCUGGAGAGGGGGCAUUGCAUUAAGAAUAAAGGCCAAGCUAUUAGCAUGUACAGUCCAACUCUGAUGUGAAAAGCAAAGGUCUCUGAACUGCAGCCAAGGCGCCGCGUCCCUGGGCGCCGAAGGCCCUAGUCAGUCUUUGAAAAUGGUUAUUUUUAGGGAUCUGUAAAAGGCCUUUAAGAAAGCACAACCUCUCCUUCCUCCCUGGCCUUUUCUUUCUCCUCUCUCGCACUCCUCGUGCAAAGCACAGCAGAUCACCACGAUGUACAUAGCUCGAAAUGGGAGAUCCCAGCCUGCCCCACCAGCCCAGAUGUGUGUGUGUGUGUGUGUGUGUGUGUGUCGCAUCUCAACCCUGUUACUCUGACACUGUGUAAUAAAGAUUAGUUAUAACCUCUCUCCAUCCCGUCUCUCCCGCCCCUCUUAUUGUGACCAGAGCUGAUGACGACACGUGACAAUUGUUUGUUUUUUGGUUUUAUUUUUCAUUUUGUACAGAGAAAACAAAUUUCCUUUAAAAAAAUGUCUUUUGACUGAAGUAACUUUUCUGGUGCUGUUGUUAACUUGUUCCUUUUUUUAAUUUAUUUCCCCCUGUGCGCCUGUCUCUCCUCCUCCGCUACCCUUUCCUCACCCUCUUUUUCUUUUCUUUUUCGGACAAUUAUCCUGUUCCCCACCCUGCCCUUGAUUUAAAUAGUCACUGCUACAAGUAACGAAUGCACUGUGAAGAUUCCAGUAUUAAUAAAAGUUGUACUGUAAUUAAUA